AUGGAAAAUCUGACCUCUUUGAAGAAUCUCACUGUUGUUUCUUUGAGAAGUAACUAUUUUUCCAGUUACAUUCCGGGUGGGUUUGAUUUCGAUGAAGUGUUAGAUCUGCCUUCCAAUAUGUUUAAUGAGUCAUUGGCUGUUGAUUUCGGUAGGCAGAGUUUGAGAUAUUUGAAUCUAUCUUACAAUAUGCUUUUUGGGUCACUUUCACCGCAAUCCGUGAAGAAUAUCCCGGCGAACGCUACAAUUGAUCUCUCCUUCAACAAUCUCACCGGCGAAAUCCCACAAUUCAUGGCCUUAGAUAAUCAGAAAACAGAGUUCUUCACCGGAAACACAGAUUUCUGCGGCAAACCACUCAAGAAGCUUUGUAUAAUCCCUUCAACGCUCUCAACUCUGUCUAAUGUCAUAACAAACAACACUUCUCCGGUAAUUGCGGUCAUACCCAGAACAAUUGACUCCACUCCAGUAACAAAUUCACCAAAUGGGUCUCCGAAUUCUCCUAAUCAACAACAGAGGGGGCUAAAUCCAGGGACAAUUGCAGGGAUUGCAGUUGGGGAUUUUGCAGGAAUUGGCAUUCUCGCUAUGAUAUUCCUUUAUGAGAAAAGGAGACAUCGUUCCAUCACAGCCAGCCCAUCACCACCGCCUGUCAGAUCAUCCUCAGCGACUUCACCGGCCGAGUUCUCCACAUCCGAUCCCGUCACCGCCACUGCACUGACGUUCCGUGCUCUCUGCACCAUCUUUGGUCACUGGUCCAUUCCGUCUUCGUCCUCGCCAGCCUCUGUGCAACAACCUUGUCCCACUGAUCUCACAGACCCAACUGAUACGGAAAAAAUGCUUUUGUUAGAAAGAGAAAGAGAGAGAGAGAGAGAGGAGAGAGAAAUCGAGGGACGUACAACUGUACUGCCACGUGGACGGCCACCUGUUUCUGCCUAA